AUGGUUCUAGGUGUGUUUCUGGGGCUUGUUCUCGCAUGUCUGCUUCUCCUUUCACUAUGGAGGCAGAACUCUCAGAGAAGAAAGCUUCCUCCUGGCCCCACUCCUCUCCCAAUCAUUGGAAAUAUUCUUCAGGUGGAUCUUAAGAACAUCAGCAAAUCACUGAGGGAUCUUUCAAAAGUCUAUGGUCCUGUGUUCACUCUGUACUUGGGCAGGAAGCCUGCUGUGGUGUUGCUUGGUUACGAAGCUGUGAAAGAAGCCAUGGUUGAUCAUGGGGAGGAGUUUGCUGGAAGAGGAAGCUUUCCAGUGGCUGAUAAGAUUGGUCAAGGCUUUGGCAUUGUUUUCAGCAGUGGCAAGAUCUGGAAAACGAUGAGACGCUUCUCACUUGUGACUCUGCGCAACUUUGGGAUGGGGCAGAGAAGCAUUGAGGAGCGUGUUCAAGAGGAAGCUCGCUAUAUGGUGGGGGAACUGAGGAAAACCAAUGGCUCACCCUGUAAUCCCACCUUCAUCCUGGGCUGUGGUCCUUGCAAUGUGAUCUGCUCCAUUGUUUUCCAGAAUCGUUUUGAUUAUAAAGAUAAAGAAUUUCUUAACUUCAUGCAUGUCUUAAAUGAAAAUGUAGAGAUUCUGAGUUCCCCUUGGAUGCAGAUUUGCAACAAUUUUCCUUUUAUGAUUGAUUAUUUACCAGGAAAACACAGAAAAUUACUUGAAAAUUUCACUUUUUUAAAACAUUACUUUUCGGCAAAAGCAACACAGCACCAAGAAUCACUGGAUAUUAAUAAUCCUCGGGACUUUAUUGAUUGUUUCCUGAUCAAAAUGGAGCAGGAAAAGAACAACCCAAAGACAGAGUUUAUUCGUGAAAACUUGAUCUUCUCAGCAUCUGACCUGUUUGCUGCUGGGACCGAGACAACAAGCACAACACUGAGGUACUCUCUGCUGCUCCUGCUCAAGUACCCAGAAGUCACAGCCAAAGUCCAGAAGGAGAUUGACCAUGUGAUUGGUAGAAACAGAAGCCCCUGCAUGCAGGACAGGAUUCACAUGCCUUACACUGAUGCUGUGUUGCAUGAGAUUCAGAGAUACAUUGACCUCCUUCCCACCAGCCUGCCCCAUGCAACAACCUGUGACAUGAAGUUCAGAAACUAUCUCAUUCCCAAGGGUACCACUGUCAUAGCAUCUCUGUCAUCUGUCCUAUAUGAUGACAAAGAAUUCCCCAACCCAGAGAAGUUUGAUCCCGGUCACUUUUUGGAUGAGAAUGGCAAGUUUAAGAAAAGUGACUACUUUUUCCCCUUCUCAACAGGAAAAUGGAUUUGUGUGGGAGAAGGCCUGGCCCGAAUGGAGUUAUUUUUAUUCCUGACCACCAUUUUACAGAACUUUAACCUGAAGUCUCCAGUUGACCUGAAAGACCUUGAUAUCACCCCAGUUGCCAAUGGAUUUGUUUCUGUGCCACCUGAGUUCCAAAUCUGCUUCACUCCCAUCUGAAUGUAUUUCCCCAUUGUACCUACUUCCUUCCUCUAGAGCACAGCUGACCUCUUCUGUCAGACAUGCCUCU